GGAGCCGUGUCCUCCUGGUUUUUUUCCGGACCCUUCUUAUUUGAUGUGGAGGCACCAUGAGCUCCUAAAGUUAAGGCUUUCUGCACCCGAGGUGUGCUGGUGCCUUCCUGCGGUGUUGACUGAGUUGACCGGUGUUGAAGAGUUGGACCUUGCCGGGUGCUGCUGCAGGAUUGGGUAAGGGGUCACUGCACCCCUAAGGAAUUUGUCCCCAAGGAGCUCCUGCGCUUCACUUGAAAGUACAGUUGUCCCUGAAUGGCUGAUGUGGCUGAGGGAGACAGUGUGUACCCUCAGCCCGUGAUCUGCUGCCUGACGCCAAGCGCAGCUCUGUGACCCUGUGCCCCCGGAGCAGUGAGAUGGAGAGCUGGUCUGCAGAGGAGGACCACUUCUCUUUCCUCCACACUGCACCUCUCAGCUUCAGCCUGCGCCACCAGGAAGGCCCCAACCGUGUGGAGAUCUUCGACAUCACCAACAUCCCCAGCCCCCGCAGUGCCAUCUCUGAGACGACCUGCCUGUGUGACAUUUUUGGAGACGAGUGUGAGUCCCCCGCCCUCUCCAGCAGCCCGGCAUCUGGGUCACUCUUCAAGAGGGAGGAGGAUGAAUUCGCUCUGGUAAAUGACACGGCCAACGAUUCAUCCGGCUCCUACCACACCGCCCCCUGCUCUGAGCAGCUGAGUGAUUCCAGUGGUACAUACGAAGAUACUAGAGAGGAUCUUACCCCUGUGCCCCCAGUUACUCCUCUCCUGCCUGAAGACAGGAGUGAAACCCCUUCACCAAAAUCAAGAGGUACGCCUCCCUCACCUGAACACAAGGGCAACAACAUCUCUCCCGAACCUGGUCCUGCUGCUGCUCCACCUGAAGUACAGUGUGCGUCUGAAGCCAGGAGUACAACCCCUUCACCCAAACCCAAGUGCACUACCCCUGCUGAAUCCAAGGAUAUCACCCCCCUACCUUCAGUUGGAGCCACCUCAUUUGAACCUGGAGGGACUGACCAGUCACCCAAACUCAGAGAUACAUCUGCUUCACCUGAGGCCAGGGAAAGCAAUACUUCUCCUGAACCCAGAGCUACUGCUGCCUCACCUGAACUCAAGAGUACAUCCCCCUCACCUGAUCCCCGGUGUACAGCCCCCUCUCCCAAACCCAACAAUAUAGCCCCCUCACCUGAACACAAAGGUAGACUACCUUCACCUGAACCAAGGGGCACUGACCUCUCCCCUGAACCUAGGGCUAUUGUACCCUUAGCUGAAACCAGAGACACAGAUCUAUACACUGAAGAUAGAGUAGCUCCCCCUUCACCCAACCCCAGGGGUGGAUCCCCUUCACCUAAAUCCAGGGCUAUCACCCCUUCAUCUGAACCUAGCGACUUUGAUUGCUCCCUCAAACCCAAGGAUACUGUCAACUCAGCUGAACCAAGAAGUACAGAUCCUUUCCCCGAAUCCAUCUCAACUACUCUCUCACCUAAGCCCAGGACUAUUAGCCCCACACUACAAACCGGAAUAACAGACGCUACACCUGAACCUACAGACACUGACAUCUCAGAACUGCAGAAUACAUUACUCUCACAUGAAUCCCAGGACAUAGAGCCUUCAUCUGAAGUCGAGAGCCCCGCCCUCUCCAUCAAGAGCAAGAGUCCAGAUUUAUUAUCUGAACUUAAAGACCCCAAGGCUGAAUAUUCAGACACUGCUGUUUUGUUAGAACCUUUGGAUACAGACCUUUCGCUGAAGUCAACUGAACCCUGGGACAAAGACAGAGAAAUGACAACUGCAACCCUGGCUAACAAGGGACUCCACUCUCCACAGCCCUGGUUCACUUCAGAGGCGGUCUUAAUAAGGCCAUCAGGGAACCAGCAGAAGGAGGAGAACACUCACAGAGGUCCUUCAGAAAAUGAGGCACCAGAGGACACAGAACCGGUCAGCGGCUUGCUGAACCCAAGAGAAGAUUCUGUGACAUCCAGGGAAAGCCCCACAGAGAGCCCAGGCAGUGGCAGUGAGAACAGGGGGGAGGGAAAGCAGGGAAAGGCCAGUUACGGAGAGCAACAGGUUGAGCUGUCAUUCAGUGCCAGGAAUAGAAAAGCGCCUGCAAGCCCCAACUCGGCACCCACAUACAGAGAGCCACGGUCGGGCAUGCCAGCUCGUUGUUAUUCAGACUGUCAUCUUGUAACCCAGCAGCAGCAGCAGCAGCAGCAGCAGCAGAACCUACUCAGAGUUCAGAAGGAGAACCAAGUUCGCGCCAGGAAGCCUCAGCCAGUCCCUCAGGCCAACAGAAGCAGCGGCAGCCGCUCUGUCCCGGACUGCUCCAGUGAGACCUCCAGCAUGGGCAGCGAGUUGGAUGAAGCGGACAACGAAGUGAAGUGGUUCACGGACCUGGCCUUCAGAAGCCUCUCCAGCCCCCAGGCGGACUACCUGGACGUGUACAACUCGAGCCACAGGUCUUCCACCAACGUCUCGCAGCUGUCCACCGAGGAGAGCCCCGGGGCCAAUGCCUGGUCGGCAUACGCGGACCUGCGGGGCUCCACCCGGCACGAGAGCGAUGACCUCUCCCACCAGCUGCCCGUUGCCCUACCCCCAGACGGACUCGACACGGCCAGGCGCUUUGAGAUGGGGAGCUUCGAGUGCGUGGAUGUGGCGCUGGAGAGCCGGGAGGAAGUAAGAAAGGGGAAGAGGACCGUGCCAAAAAGGCAGAUCCAGUUGAAGAGGCGUGACACCAGUGAAUCACGAGCUAGUGAAAACAGCGAGGUCACCGCUGAAGCCACAUCUGCACAGAGGCGCUCGAGGGACACCUUUCUGCGCCAGCACAGUACACCGGCUGCCAUGCAGGAGGAGCUGUACAGAAAGGAGCUGGAAUCUGAUCCGGGCAACAGGAAGCAGAAACUGCAGAAGUCUCUCUCCCUGGAAGAGACGUCCAGCAAAAAUAAGAUGGCCUCAUGCCUGAUCAAGAGUGUUCUGUCUAAGAAGAUGCAGAAUGAACACAAGCUCACAAACACACAGGUGCCAUUCCAGAAUGGACACUCCAGCCCUCCUCCUGUAAGGAACGUAUCUUCUGAGAGCUCGCAGUCAGUUAGAGAAACCCCCAAAACAGAAGUGUCCAAUCUGAGCUCUGGGAUCACCUCAGAUUGCAGCCUCUCCUCGGAAGAUCUUCCACUCCGAGCAGACUCCAGCCCUCAGAGUGAAUCCAUCAAGCAGCAUGGAACCUUUGGCUUCAAACCUCAGCAGAAACCAUUGUGUAAACCCAGCUACAGCCCACCUCACAGCAAUACGGGGAGAGCUGAAUCACAGAAAAGUAAUCCAGGGCAUUCGGGUAUGAGGUCUGAGCUGGUCAUCCCGUUUGAAAGCAAGAAAACAGAGAAACGUACCCCCGCAGAUGGGGGGAAGCAGCAGGCCAGCCACAACCCGGGCGAGAAACACGCCAGUGACUCAGCAAAUGCCAGUGCCGGGAACACAGGCACCGCUGCCACCCGAGCCCAGGCCGCUCGGAGCGGAAUGACAAACAGAGACGAGGAAUGCCACGCCAGGCCGGAAAACUAUAAACAACAGAGUGCCAGGAGCCUCUUCAUGUCCAAAACACCAGAAAUAACUCUCAAACCCUGCCCCUCCAGGGAAAAGAAGAUGAGCUCCUUUAAGGUUGGCUGCCUUUCUGCCGACCUAGAAACUAAGCCAGAGGAGAGCCGUGGAGCCCCCUCACCUGAGGCUACACCAGAAAGGGAGAAGCAGGAUGAGAAAGUGGAACCCGUGCUGAAAGAACAGACAGAGAACGAGGAAGCCAAUGAGAAAAGCAAAGCCAAAGCUCCCAUGCACAAGAUCGAAUGCAAGGCCAUCAGCAGGAGAGAUGAGAGGGCAGCAUCCAGCCAGGCAGAUGAGAGACAGACAACCCAGGAGGAGAAAACACAGACAGCUCCAUCGGUCUCACCAUCGCUGGCGUCUCCAGAAAAAAUGAGAGAGACGGCCUCACUACGCAUCACAUCCAGGAGCUGUUUGUCUGAGGGCGUGGCCACGGCAGAAACACGUGUGAAGACACCCGAGGCUGCGACUGUGGAAGUCAGUACCCCCUGUGUGUCGGAUUCAGGCGACCGUGCAGAGAAAGCUCAGGGGGCUGGGGCGCGAUACCCCAAGCUCGGCAGCAUCCCUAAGCAUCCCAGCAAGGACAGGGAAGUGGCCACGCUGCUGUUUCUGCAGGAUGGAAUGCCUGAGGGCGUGCACGACCCCAUGGCCCCGCCCCCUCUCAGCCUAACAGCCACCAGCAGCAGCCGUUCUGUGUCCAUGCUGCUGAAAGAGAAGGGCUUCCAGGCCGACAUCGGAGUCUGCGACGCCCCAGGUGACGGCCCUAACGCCGCGCCGAAGCACAUUAAUAGGCUGGAGGUGCCCCUGCAGACCUGUUCCACGGAGCAGACCCCGGCUGAACCCCAGAGAGAGGAGGGUUCAGACUCCAUCCCACCCCCUGCACGCAGCUCCCCCUCUGGCCCUGUCCCUCUCACAGACAUGAGGGAUGAACUCCACCAGAAAGCCCCCCCUCAGACCAGGGAGCCAGAGCCUGAGAGGACGAGCCUCAAACCCAAACAGAGAGACACAAAGCCGCAGGACAUCACAGAGAGUUCCAUGCAGAAAGCAGCUGUGUCAGCAGCAUCCAGCUACAGUAUGCAACAGAGAGAAGUGACGACAGUGUCCUCCUACACAAAGAAACCAGCAGUGGAAGCAACUUCUGGCUCCCAACAGCAACAGUCACCGACUACAACAACACAACCUCCAAGUUACACACAGAAGCCAACAGUGUCGGCAACAUGUGGCAACGCAGAUCAACCUUCAGUGUCUGCAACCUCCAGUUACAGACAAAAGCCAGCAGCGUCCAGUAACCCACAGCAAUCAAAUAUGGAGCGCAGGGACACACAGGAACAGGUGUCAUCCUGCGGCUCAGAGCGAUCAACGGUGUCCAUGACAACCCAAGCCCCGAGCUACUCACAACAACAGGCAAUCAGGACAAUAUCCACCCAGCGGACACCGAGCGAGGAUUUCCGUUUCUACGCCUCGGACGACCCCCCAAGCUACGACGAACGGGAGAGCUUCAGUCCUCUGCUGCUGACAGACUUGCCACCAAGGAAAAUGGACCGGUACCACCCCAUCAUCCCCGCCCCCCCUUGCUCCUGCACUGCGGAUAGCAUCCCCAGUCCCGGUCCCGCUCCUCCUGCAUCCCCGCCCUCAUCUGCCCAGGCCCCGCCUUCGCAUACCCAAGCCCCGCCCUCUCACACCGCUCCAGCUGCGGCACGCCCACACCAAAAACGGUCGGACGCCCACUCGCUGAGCCACCAGCAGGGCUCGCCCCAGGCCGCUCAGCCGAGCUCCGCUCAGCCCCCACUCAUGUUCCAGCCUCUUCAUCAGCCACCUGGCCUGCCUGCCGGCCCCGCCCCCUUGCAGCAGCCCCGCCCUGAGGAUGGCAGGCAGCCUCCUCCAGGCCCGCAGGCAGACAGGAGGGUGCCUCGCCACCGCUCACCCCAGCAGCCUGCUCCGCUGCCGGGCGGCGGCCCCUACAGCGGCGGGCACCACGGCCACUCGCCCGGCGUGCCCUCUCUGGAGGUGAGGCCACAGUACCUGUGCAGCCCUCAGGGCUUUGUGUCCUCUUUCGGCUCAGAGUACGGGGGAGAGAGCGGCGGCAGCAGCGGAGUGCUGUACCCUGAGGGUGGCGGGGGUCUCGCCUACGGGCAGAGCCCCCGGCGCGUCCUCCUGGACCCCGAGACGGGGAAAUACUUCUACAUCGAGGUGCCCGUGCAGCCACUGCGCAAGAUGCUGUUUGACCCAGAGACGGGCCAGUACGUUGAGGUGCUGAUCCCACAGCAGGCCCUUUCCCACUCUGGCCUGUACCCACCGGUCGCCGCCCCCUACCACUCUCUGCACAACCCCGGCAUGUACGCCCCACAGUACCUGCCGUACGGCGUUCCGCCCCACCCCCAGGCCCCAUCCCCUCGGCACCCUGAACCCCCGGCUGCCCCAGGACUACACCAGAGCAGCGCGGGGUUUGGGAGCCCAGCAGGUCAGGGUGCGAAGCCUGAGCCCCAAAGCCACGCGCCACUGGAUCAGAGUUACCUGGAGAGCAUGUAUUACAUUCCCACAGGGAUGACCGCUAGCCCGAACCCUGCACCGCCAGACUUCUAUCACAAACUGCCCCCCAGUCUGCCUAACUCAGGGGGCAAAAGGUCCUGAAAGUAGAAAAGGGCCUGGAGGGUCACAUGUCCAAAAUGUAUC